UGUGUUCAAUAGUUAAUAAUUUUAAGUUUUAACUAUUUUAAGUUAAAAUGAUUAUUUAAUUUUCCAAUUUGUGUGCAUUUAUCUUUUUAAUUUUUAGUUAAGUUACUUAUUAGAAUGACGUCAUUCACAAAUAAGAAUGUUUUGAAUUUAUUAAGAAAUCUACCAAGACUCUCUAUUUCUAAUCUUCGAAAUAAUGAUGGAGCAGUUACUAAAAAUAAACGAGGAAGAGGCCAGCAUGGAGGUGACAAACAUGGUCAUGGUAAUAAAGGGUCAAAAGCUAGGCAAAACUUUAUGAGACCAGGAUAUGAGACAGGAAAUACUCCAUUUUAUAUGAAAUUUCCUAGAGAACAAUAUUAUAAGGAUCAUCAUGUUAAAAGACAAUAUCCUCCACUAUCGUUGGCCACUUUACAAAAAAUGAUUGAUUUGAAUCGUAUAGACAUUACAAAGCCUAUUGAUUUAUCAGUACUAUGCAAUACGGGUUUGUAUAACAUUAAUCCAGAAGAUAAACAUUUUGGAGUAAAUUUAGUUGAUGAAGGAGCCGAUAAUUUCAAGGCAAAAAUUAAUAUAGAAGUUCAAUGGACCAAUGAAUCUACAAUUGCAGCCAUAGAAAGAAAUGGAGGAGUUAUAACAACAUCAUUUUUUGAUGUUAAUAGUUUAUUUAUUUUAAUUAAUCCUAAAAAGUUUUUUCAAAGAGGAGAAGCAAUACCCAGGCGUAUGAUUCCCCCCGAAGAUGCAAUUUUAUAUUAUUCGAGUGCAGCAAAUCGCGGUUAUUUAGCAGAUCCUGAAAAAAUAUCUUGGGAACGAUUUGUUUUAGCUCAGAAAUAUGGAUAUACACUUCCUAAAAUUGAAAAUGAUCCAGAUUAUGACAUGCUUGUCAGUAGAAAAGAUCAAAGACAAAUAUUUUAUGGCCUAGAACCCGGUUGGGUUGUUAAUCUAAAGGAUAAAGUUAUACUGAAACCUAUUGAUCCACAACUCAAAGAGUUCUAUAGAAGUUAAUUACAUUAUUUGUUGUUAGUAUUAAAAUGUAUAAAAUUAUAUGUAAUUUAAUUAUUUUAUAACAUACUGAAGAGUAUGGUUAUUAAAAAUAUGUCUAAAAAAUAUAAAUUUGAUAACUCAUACUUAAAAUUUAAAAGCUUUGGUUCAUAAUAAACAAUCUAUAGAUUUUGUA